AUGCCUUUUCGUCUGCGCCCGGGCCAUGCGUACCUGCAACAACUUGGCACCUCUUCUGUGCAUGAGGCUCUUGCUCAGGAAACCCUUGGCCUCUUGGAUCCAUACAACACCAACAGCAGUUUUUACCCAUACACCGGAGAUGCUAGUGUGUCCGGUAACUUUGCCUUCGAUGAUUUCGUUGCUCCUUGGAUGGGUGACAGCUUCUUGACGCCGAUGCCGAUGCUUCCCCAGCCCGACUUUCUCCCGCCUCAGUAUUCGUACCCUAUGGCAGGAACGGGUUAUACUUUCCAACCCAUUGCUCCAGCUACUGCUGCGCAGAUGGAUGUUGUCGCACAACCCAACCAGCCUUCUGGUGCACGUGCCAACGCUCGUCACCGCACUGCCGAGACGCGCAUCAGCUGCACCGCUGAUGGCUGCACCAAGACCUUCCGCCGCCCUGGCGAUUACCGCCGCCACAUGCGGAAGCACCAAGAUCCUAUACUAAAGUGUAUUGUUGACGAUUGCGACAUGAAGUUUUACCGCCUGGACAAACUUCGUGAUCAUAUACGUCAAGGCCACAAGAUGGUCCUGUAGAUUCGAAUAUCCUUCUUCGAUACUGGACACGCACGGCUUGGUCUGUAACCUUGAGAAUGAUCGUUAUCGCAUUAAGAGUGGUUAUUGGGAUGUUGGAUCUCUUUGUGUCUUACCAAAUUGUAAUCUCUCAUAUCUUAUUCAGCCAGUCAUUACCGGUACUAUAGUCGCUCCCUACCAUAGAUAGUGAAAUACAACAAUUGCUCCUGAUGU